UCAGUCGGUUAUGCUUAUGCGUUUCUGGGCAAUACUUAUCUCUAUCCAGCUGCUGUUCAUUCAUGUUCAUCUGGUACAUGUUUUCUGGAAACUGCUAGAUGGCCUAGUACCUACUCAGGGCGCAGAGGACGGAACGAAUUAUCAAGCAGUUUAUGUGAUUAAACUGCCGUUGCCGGAAGACGAAUCAAAUUUCGAAUGUGAUUUUGACUUUAAUACUACGGUGAAGUGUGAGCUCAAGUACAUAGAGAAGCCACCCAGUGACGACAGCGACUUUUGUCGAGUUGUGCCUGUUUUUGGAGCUAAAAACUAUGAACUAAGGUGCCGCAGAAGAAAG